AUUAUUUUGCCCCGCUGGCAUCAUCGGGGCCGUGAAUCGGGCGGAGAUCGCUCGCUGUGAUCGGUUGGGCCUGAAAGUUUUUAAAAAUUUUCCUUGCAAGUAUUUUUAGAAAAUAUUCUGAAAGAAAAACCGAUUGGGCAUUCAGUGUUCGCGUGGUGGCAUGGACUCCUGAGGAACCGAAAAUCCCCAGAAAAAACCAAACAAAAUUUUAAAGAUUUGCAUAAGACGCGAGUGAGUGACUGAGUGAGUGUUCGGGUCGCUAUGUGCUCCACAUCGGUGCUGUGUCCACUGUGCGCGGUGCCCAGUUUCGGGAGCAUCGAUGCACUGCAGCAGCGACUGAUCAAAGCGGCCAACGGCCCCUUGGCUUGUCCCUUCUCCAACUGCAAGGAGCUGUUCCUUGGCCUGGACAAGCUGACGAUUCACCUAUUCACUCAUACCAGUCUGAUGACCGAAAGUCCUGCUGCCACAACCACAACCACUGCCCCUGUUACCCCGCCAGCAGCCCCAACAACGGCUGCGACUCAGACGCCGACUGCGACUACUGCACCCAAACGCAGGGGCAAGCGAUCGAAGGCAAAGGCUGUAGAGCCGGCGCCCGCUCCACCUCCACCCCCACCAGUGCCCGAGCCGCCGGCCAGCUGCGAUAUCUGCGAGUUCAGUUUCCGGAACAACGAGCUGCGGGACAUGCAUUUCCGGCUGGUGCACGAGAACGGGGAUGCAGAAGAGCAGCAGAGGACGGGUCCACAGCCGGAGAAGGAGCCCCACCAGGAGCCCUACAAGUGCCACCUAUGCUCGAAGACGUUCCGCAUGAAGGGAUCGCUCCGGGUGCACCUCAAAGUGGUGCACAUGAUGGGGGUGCCGUGCUCUAGCCAGAGCGGGAAUGGCAGUGCCACUACCAACGGCAGUAAUGCUCCCUCGCCGAAGUUAAACAUUUGUGACCGCAUCCGGCACAAGGAGGCGUCGGCCAGUGGCAGUUGCCCCGCCUCCAGCAGCACCAGUUCCCAGCCGUAUGCCCUCAGUGGAGCCCUGAGCAUGCUGCAGCAGUCGCCAGCCUCGCCGGAGGCCACCAGCAGCACGCCCAAGGUGUGGGAGUGCGAUGUGUGCACCAAGUCCUUCACAACCAAGUAUUUCCUGAAGAAGCACAAGCGCCUACACACCGGGGAGAUGCCAUACACGUGCGAAAUCUGCGCCAGGACAUUUACCUUCCAGCAGUCGUACCACAAGCAUUUGCUCUACCACAGCGAGGUGAAGCCGCAUGUGUGUGGAGUGUGCGGACGGGCCUUCAAGGAGCUGUCCACGCUGCACAACCACCAACGCAUCCACAGCGGCGAAAAACCCUUCAAGUGUGAGGUGUGCGGAAAAUGCUUCCGCCAGCGGGUAUCCUUUCUAGUCCACACCCGCAUCCAUACGGGCGUCAUGCCCUACAAGUGUGAGCUCUGCCAGAAGACGUUCCGCUACAAGGUGUCGCAGCGCACCCACAGAUGCCUCAGCGACAACCAGACACCGGAGCAGCUGAUCAAGGCAUUUCUCGAGGGCAACGAGUCGCCGACACAGCCCUCGCCGGCCAGUGCCGAGAUUGCGGACAUCAAUGGCUGUGGUGUGGCGGACCCGGACCAGGAGGCGUUGCUCUCCCAGACCAUCGACGACAUCGUUGUGGAGCAAUGCCAGAAGCUGGGCAUCUGUGGCGUUGAACCACAGCUUGCGCAGCCAGUGCCCCUGGAUGUGGCCGGAAUGCACUUCAAUGGCAGCAGCUCGCCACUGCAGCAGCUCCAGAAUCUGCGCCUCUAUUCCCCGCAGCAAAUGGAGAUGCCCAGCUCGGAUGGGGACAUUUUCAAGCGCUUCCUGAUGGACGCCACGUAGGCGGCCGUCCACGAGAUUUUCUUUUCAAUGUUACUGUUUCACUUUAGUGACUCGUCCGUCUUAUUGAUUUACAUUUCGUUAUGAUCCUUGAAUGCCCAACGAUAAAUCGGAACAGACCCGACUUGACUGGGCUUUUACU